AUGAAGUUCUUAUGCUUACACGGAGCCUAUGGCAACAUUACCGCUGCACGAGUCCAGCUGGGUCCGAUGGCUGACCUCGUUGAGGCUGAUGGGACAGCCUCAUUCAAAUUCAUCCAGGGCCGAGUGCCAGUGACACCGCCCCCUGGCUUCGAGUCAUAUUUUGGCCCAGGACCACACUUCCGCUUCUUGAGAGACAGAGGUGAAGCCGAAGCAUCAGCCAUGGAGGGAAUCCGAGUGUUUCCAGAAGCGGACACUCCAGAGGAUGCCCUUCGUGCACUCAUGCCUGCCGGAGAUGCAAGGAUUGGAUACGUCGGAGCUAGGGAAGAUUGUCUGGCACAACUCUAUGAAGAGCUCGACGCCGACCCUGAGAUCUGCGGAAUCGUAGGCUACAGUGAAGGUGCAUCUGCCGCAGCGACACUCAUCUAUGAUGAGCAGGAGAGAAUGCGAAACGAAGGAUACGUUCCAAGAAUCAAGGCCGCGGUUUUUUUCAUGGGAUGGCCCGCACUUACAGGCGAGAGCUUGCCUGCCUUGUCGGACGAGAUAGACGAUCUGCUUGAAGUACACUCUCUGCAUGUCGUCGGUGCUAAUGAUCCUUACAAGGACGGCGCACUUGCGCUGUACAAUCUCUUCGAUGAUAACAUGGCCAUCUUCUUUGACAGUGCCGGCGGCCACACCAUUCCCCGACACGGCAAGAUGCUGCAAGAGUUGGGACAAGCUGUGAAGGACUUGGUCGUGACUGUACAAGAUGAUGCUUCAAUUGAUCUUCCACAGCCGAAGAUAGCCAGACGACUCGACUCGGCUGUAGAUAUCCCUACAUUGCGUGGGCUGAAGCUGUCCGAGGCGUAG